CCAUUUGUAUGUUCAGGGAUUUAGAGUUUAAUCCAUGGAAGUUUGGAGUUUCUGAGCUCAUAACUGUUCAGGGUAUUGAGUAUAAGGGGUGAGGAGUCUUUGUAGUUUUCAUAAUGGGGGGAGAAAAAUCAUUAGAGAAUAGAGUGAAAGCUUCAAAAUUUGCUGAUCAAAAUAAGGUACCAAAGGGUAGUAAUAGCAAUGUAAAAGGUAAUAACAAUAUGUCAAAGGUGAGAUCCUCUUGGGGUUCUCAAAUUGUGAAGGGUUUCUCAGGGGAGAGAAAAACCAAGUUGCAGACCAUAAUUCAUGCCAAGAAAGAGUUGGUUCCUGGCAACGAAAACUCGAACCAGAAGAACUCUUCUGGAAUUUCGCAGCCAAGGGUGAAGAGGUCUCUAAUGGGAGACUUGUCUUGUUCAGUCGUUUCCUCUCAAGUUCAUCCUCAAACAGUUAACAUUCACAGGACUAAGUCUUCCGGUUCGCGUGAUCUAUUCAAUGAAAUUGAUCAUUUGAGGAGCUUGCUACAAGAAUCAAAGGGAAGGGAAUUGAAAUUGCAGACUGAAUUAUCUGAAUUUAAGAGGAGUCCAAAGGUGGUUGAGCUCGAGAGGGAACUCGAACUGAAGAAGAGUGAGAUUAAUAGCUUUGCCAAGAAAGUUGAAUUGAUGGAAUGUGAAAAGGCAGUCCUUUCUCAUCAAUUAGGUUCAUUGACUGCUUCCCGAGAGAGACAAGAUAUGAAAUCCAAUAAGGAAGAAUUCAAAAGUGUGACUAGUUUGGAAAUGGAGGUUGUGGAGUUGAGGCGCUUGAAUAAGGAGCUCCAGCUACAGAAAAGAGAUAUUUCUUGCAGGCUGUCUUCCAUGGAGUCCCAGCUAGCCAUUGUUGGAAAAGUUCCAGAGGGAGAUACAAUUGAGCAUAUUAAAGCAGAGGCUUCUUUGUUGAGACAUGAAAAUGAAAACCUUUGCAAACAAGUUGAGGGUCUUCAAAUGAGUAGGUUGAAUGAGGUUGAGGAGCUUGCCUACUUGAAGUGGGUGAACUCAUGUUUGCGAGAAGAGUUGCGCAGCUGCUCGUCCAUGACAUGUGAUAAGACUUCUAGCCCUCAUGGCAGUGAGAAAAGUAGGGAAUCACUUUGCUUGUCUUAUGAUCAUAGUGAUGAGGACUCAAAAUGUAGUAGUGCAAGGAGGUUAAGCCUCGUUAAGAAGCUAAAGAAGUGGCCUAUUACUGAUGAAGAUAUGCAACAACUAGGGAGCCCGGAUAAUAUCAUUACUCAUAGUUGGGAGGAUACACAAAGUUCUACUCGCAGGCACUCGAUAAGUGGAUCAAAAUUUUGUGUUGAGGACUUGAUUUUUAAUAAGAGAAGGCAAUCAGAUGUCUUUAUGUGUUCCAAGGAAGUGGAAAAGGAGAUUGAGCCUAUUGUUUCCCAACAUAAAUUAACCAAUCCUUUGGAGGUCGAGAAACGUGUCUUGCGGAUUCCUAAUCCCCCUCCGAGGCCUUCAUCUGUUGCUUUAAUUGAAGAAGAAGGAGAAAAUUCUGUUCAAGUUCCUGGUCCUCCACCACCACCUCCUCCUCCUCCUCCACCACCACCUCCAAAACUUAUGGCCAAAACUACAUCAGGCAUGGUACAGAGAGCUCCUCAAGUAGUAGAGUUUUAUCAUUCACUGAUGAAGAGAGACUCGAGGAAGGAUUCAUUAAAUGGAGGAGUAUGUGAUGCAUCAAGUGUUUCAGACGUUCGUAGUAGCAUGAUCGGUGAAAUUGAGAACAGAUCAUCAUAUUUGCUGGCUAUAAGGGCAGAUGUGGAAACUCAAGCAGAAUUUGUGAUUUCCCUGAUAGCAGAGGUCAAUAAUGCAGUUUAUUCAGACAUCGACGACGUGGUUGCUUUUGUGAAAUGGCUAGAUGAUGAACUUUGCUUUCUGGUGGAUGAAAGGGCAGUCCUAAAGCACUUUGACUGGCCAGAGAGAAAAGCAGACACACUAAGGGAGGCAGCAUUUGGAUAUAGAGAUCUCAAGAAGUUGGAGAAUGAAGUUUCAACUUAUAAGGACGAUCCUCGAUCGCCAUGUGAUAUUGCACUAAAGAAGAUUAUUUCUUUGUCAGAGAAGAUGGAACGUAGUGUCUAUAACCUUCUUCGGACAAGAGACUCAUUGAUGCGCCACAGCAAAGAGUUCAAAAUCCCCACUCACUGGAUGCUUGAUAAUGGGAUAUUAAGCAAGAUAAAGUUUGGCUCUGUGAAGUUGGCUAAGGUGUACAUGAAGAGGGUAGCUUCGGAGCUUCAGUCCAAAGGACCAUUAGAUAAAGACACUUCCAUGGACUACAUGCUACUCCAAGGAGUGAGAUUUGCUUUCCGGAUUCAUCAGUUUGCUGGAGGAUUUGAUGCAGAAACUAUGCAAGCUUUCGAGGAGCUACGGGGCCUAGCACUUUCUUUAAACAAGAAAUAGAAGAUAAAGAUUUUUGUGAUGAAGUACAAUUUUGAUAGAGGGCUUACCAUCUCAGUAACCAUCAAUCCAAGUAUUGACACAUAUGUAUAAGUGAAAAAUAGGUCCUUGUGGAAAUAUGGUUGACAUCAAUGAUAUU